AUGGGUGGACCCAGCAAGAAGCGCGGCGCCAGCGUCAUCGACGACGCAGACCCCGGAGACCCCGGGGCACCAGCGCCAGCCACAGCCAAGAAGAACAAGAGCGCGGCAGCGGCUGCGAAGCCUGCAGGCAAGGACGGCGAGGGCAACCCCUUCUGGGAGCUCUCCAACAAGCGACGGGUGGGCGUGUCCCAGUUCAAGAACAUGUGCUUCGUCAACGUGCGCGAGUACUAUGAAAAGGAUGGCAAGACGCUUCCCGGCAAGAAGGGCAUCUCCCUCUCGGUCGAGCAAUACGUGGCGCUCCUCAAGGCUGCGCCGGGAAUCAACGCUGCGCUCCGCGAGCUCGGCCACUCGGUCGACGACGUCGACGUCGACGCCGAGGAAGCGCCAGCGGAGAAGGAGAAGAAGAAGAAGAAGGCCAGAGACCAGUCGAAGUCGAACAUUGAGGCGACGAGCGACGAGGACAGCGCCUAA